UCUAUCUAUCCUUUCAUUUCGGUCGUAAUAACAUUUCGAGUUAGAUUCAGUGGAAUUGAUUUGCGUGUGGUUGUGGAGAAAACUUUAAAAGAAACUAAGCUCACUUAAAACAGAAACUAGCUUUAAGGAUGAUUACGAUGGAAUCGAUUCUUAUUACAAUUACAUGCUUUACAAUGAUUUUGCAGUCUGUUGCACAGUCAGUUCAACCCAGACAACCAGGACAACCAGGACAGCCAGGACAAAGACAAACAUUUCCUAUGAACCUUAGACAAAAUCAAGGCAGACAAGUCCAAGGUCAAAACGUGCCUGAAUCGACUUUGCCUGGAAACCCAGGCAACCAACAGGGAAACAUUCUUCGUCAGGCUGACUCAUGUGUGAUGGAAGUUAUUUCGAUUAGUUCAAAUUGCUUUCAGAAUGCCGGUUACCAGUUACAACUUGUCGAUGCUGUUAUUUCUAACGGGACAAUUACACCACUACCACCAAACGCCAACUUACUAGAUCUUAGACGUGCCCUCUGCAACAUCCGGCCUCAGGUGAUACAGUGCAUUAUUCCCGCAACAUUAAACAAGAGAGGUGCUGGUUCUUGUACAGAUCCUCUGGAAUUUAACUUUGCAGAGAACCAGGUUGUACGAAGAUUGUCCUCCUUACAGGAUAUGUGUGGAGCAGGUACAUCUAAUAAUGGUCGUACUAACUCAGGUAAUUUACCAACAUCAAGACCAUGUAUCCAAACAGCCAACAGAGACUUACAAGGUUGCUAUGGAAAAAUUGGAUUGACAGCAGAUAUGUUUAUUUCAAAUGAAACUGAAAUCAAAGGUGCUAUUAUUGGAAAGGAUAAUCCAGCCGCAUCUAAAUUUUGCGGACUUCGUGGUAAACUGUUUGGGUGUAUGAGAGACGUUCUGGAUAACUGCGCUGGCGCUGCCGAGUAUCUGUUGCUGACUGGAUACGACCAUUCUUCCAUGGAAGCCAGUAUUGAGGUCCUCUGUGAUGAUAUAGAAGUAUAUAUUGAUGGUCUCCAGUGUUUCCAAGAGGCAACAACUGACGUCAAAAACUGCAUGGACAAAAUGUCUUCUGGAAUGAUUGAUUUGGCAGCGAGGCAAAUCGAGUUUGGAAUGAACCAAACAGCAUUUUUCAAAGAAUAUUGCACCAUUCGAGUAAGCCACCUCCAGUGUGACAUGGGCGCAUGGACAAGAAAAUGUUCUCCUGCCAGCGUCGGGCUUAAAAAUGAAUAUGAGUGUCGCCUGCUUCCAAAGACCUGCCAGAAUGAUCAGUCACUACAGAAAACAUUGGCAAACGACGCCUGCAGCAUUGAUAACUUCGCGCGUAAACUCCGACAAGUAUCAAGUGCACCAUUCAUAAGAGGAACAACAUAUAUCAUAAGUUUAACCACAUUUAUCCUGUCGGCCAUUUUUAUGUUGUAAAAUGUUAUCACCAAAACUGUGUCUUUCGUCUUUUGUUUUGAACAGUGCUGUUGUGUACAUUAUGUUUAAAUAAAUAUAUUUUUUUAAUUUUUGUACAGCUGUAAAAAGAUUUGUAACGAUUGUAGAAAUCCUGUAUAUAUAAAAUGUGUAUAAAUGUAUCUGAAAUUUAUGAACUUUAAUUAAUUAUAAUAAUGAAGCACAUGAAAUGUAUAUAUUUUAAACAAAGCAUGGUUAACGCCAAUAAGUAUUUAAAAUUUUUUUUUUGCAUGAUUUGGCUUAUUUUUUUAGAAAUUAUCUUUUUAUCAAAUAUAUAUUAUUGUUAUUUUUAAAGGUUAAACGAUGUGUGGCGGGACUAUUUACUAUCCACCCGAAAUAUAUAAAAGAAAUGAUUUUUAAAGUAGAUCUAGUAGUUACAAGUGCCUUGUAAAAAAUAUCAAAAUUACAUUUGAGAAGUAUAUUAGUAUGUUUUUGACACAUUCAAAUGAAAUAUAAAUACAGAGUUUGCAGUACAUUGCUUAUGAUAGAGCUAAAGUUGUUGAAAUUAUUAUAAAUAUUACAAAUUAGAGUUGAAUUCUAUUCUGUCAAUUGUCUCAUGCAUAAUAUUUUAAUAACAUUUUGUAUGCUGUC